AUGUUGUUUACCCUUCUUUGGGUCACCGGCGCCGGUGACAGAAACCUCACGUCCCGCACUGAUCUAGCCACACUCUUUAGCCCUCGUACGUCGUUAGGGCUUCGUGUGCGUGACUGGUCGUGCUGUUCCGACCCCUGCUCGACGUGGGUUGGUGUAUCUUGCUAUGGAGGCUGUGUUGUCUCUGUGAAUGUCUCCGGCCUUCGCCGGACUAAACUUGGCCGGCAUAACCCCCGCUUCGCCGUGGACAAGCUACGUAACUUCAUUGGAGAUAUCCCUUCGAGCCCCUCCCAGCAUUCCAAUCUCCAGGUCUCUCUCAGGUAUUUAACUUCAUAA